AUGGCGCGAGCCUUAGCCGCCGUCGCGUUCCUCCUCGCCGCGCUCCUCGCCGCCGCCUCGCCUCUGGGCUCGGCGGCCGCCGCCGCCGGAAAGCACGACAUCCCGGCCGUGUUCGCGUUCGGGGACUCCACGCUGGACCCGGGCAACAACAACGGCAUGCCCACGCUGGUGCGCGCGGACCACGCGCCCUACGGCUGCGACUUCCCGGGCGGCGAGGCCACGGGCCGGUUCUCGGACGGCAAGCUCAUCACCGACUACAUCGUAGAGUCGCUCGGCAUCAAGGACCUCCUCCCGGCGAGCCACGACCCCGCCGUCACCGUCGAGGAGCAGGCCUCGGGGGUCAGCUUCGCGUCGGGCGGGUCCGGCCUCGACGACCUGACCGCGCAGACCGCCCUGGUGUCCACGUUCGGCUCCCAGAUCAGCGACUUCCAGGGCCUCCUCCUCAGGAUCGGCGCGCCCAGGGCCAACGAGAUCGCCAACAAGUCGCUCUACGUCAUCUCCGCCGGCACCAAUGACGUCACCAUGAACUACUUCAUCCUCCAGGUCCGGACCGUCAGCUUCCCCACCUUCGACCAGUACAGCGACUACCUCAUCGCCAGGCUCCAGGGCUACAUUCAGACCCUGUACAGCAUGGGAGCCCGGAACUUCAUGGUGGCCGGGCUGCCGCCGGUGGGUUGCCUCCCGGUGACCAAGACCCUCAAUUCGGGCGCCGGGGAAUGCAUAGCCGAGCAGAAUGCGGCGGCGGAGCGCUACAACGCGGCGCUGCAGCAGGCGCUGGCCAAGCUGGAGGCCGCCUCCCCCGGCGCGACGCUGGCGUACGUGGACGUGUACACCCCGCUCAUGGACAUGGUGGCGCACCCCCAGAAAUACGGUUUCACGCAGACGGAGCAGGGUUGCUGCGGGGACGGGCUGCCGGCGAUGGGGGUGUUGUGCAACACCGUGCUGCCGCAGUGCCUGUCGCCGGCGCAGUACAUGUUCUUCGACUCGGUUCACCCGACGCAGACCACCUACAAGGCGCUCGCCGACCACGUCGUCCAGUCUCAUAUCCCCAAGUUCAUCAAGUGA